CAACGUUGCCGCUGGCCGCAACUGCUGCCCAUGUUCUGGACGCAGGUGCUGGUGGGAAUGCGUCGAUUUGAGCUCGCAUAGCUCUGAUUUCCUCGUAGAGCUUCUCAUUCUGGUCACGAAGGACAUUCUGGUCGUGUUUGACCUCUUCGAUCUCGGUCUUAGUGGAUUCGAUGAGUGCAGUUUGGUGGUGGAUGAUUAACUUCAGGCUGUCGAUGAGCUUCCACACUUCCCUGGUGGUAACCCGGCCUGUACUUUCCACUGGUGUGAAGGCACAAUCGCUCCGUGUUCUUUUGCGAGACUCAGGAAGCGGCUCGAUCGGUACGCGAGGCUGGAAGUCCUCGACUGAGAUGCUGGUGGGGUUUUCUCCGGUGUCUGUGGGAGGGGGUUCGGGCCCUCCCGUAUGUGGGUCCACCAUCGGUACGCGGUUAGCUCACGCUCGGCACACAACCACAAGUAGUGUAUAUAGGAUCUCCCGGUACAGGAUGGAUCGAAAUUUCUGCUUCCUUCCGUACAGUACUUCCGGCCUGAUGUGGUGUCGAGACCUUCCAAAGCGUACAGCCAAUAAGCUCUUGCGGUUAAUCUUCCCCUGA